AUGACCGAAACUCAUUCUAUUGACAGGACAGUGUCCAAGACUGGCCCUAUCGAUGAUUCCUUGAUCAAAGAACUCUCAAACGACGACGAUGCCCAGCUCAAUAAUCUUGGCAUUGCGCCAACCAAAGUUGAGCGCAACUUCAACAUCUGGUCAUUGCUUUUCAUGUCCUUUUGCACUAGUGUUACUUGGGAAGCCAUUUCAUCAGCAGCAGCUCAAGCCCUGACGAGCGGUGGCAGCUCCAGUCUUGUCUGGGGGUUUGCAGCCUCAGCUACUGGGGCGUUGCUGAUUGUACUGUGUAUUGCUGAGUAUGCUAGCAUGAUUCCUACAGCCGGUGGCCAGUAUCACUAUGUUGCCAAGCUCGCACCACCCAAGUACCGGAGGAUCUUUGCUUGGUAUGCUGGCUGGAUCACCAUGAUCGGUUGGGUCUUGUGCGCAACCGCUGGCAUCUUUGCUACUGCUAUGCAGAUACAGUCUUGGGCUAUUCUGUUUAGUGAGGGCUACGUCUAUGAGAGAUGGCAUACAUCCUUGAUUGUGAUCGCCCUGACAUCGCUCUACACCCUAUUUGCUAUUUUUGACAUCAAGCGUCUUCAUUAUAUGAUUUUUCUCGCCAUGUUUGGACAUGUGUUUGGGUAUCUCGCUACUGCCAUCUACCUUCUCGUACAUACACAUCCGAAGAAUUCGGCCGAAUAUGUCUUUACGGAUGCUACGAAUCUAAGCGGAUGGGAGAAUUCAGGGGUUGCUUGGUCCAUCGGUCUGUUGACCUCAACAGUCAGUUUCGUCGGCUGGGAUAGCUCUACUCAUAUGGCCGAAGAGAUGAAAAAUGCAUCACGAGAUUUACCAAGAACAAUGAUCGCCAACGUUGCCGUCAGCGGAAUUCUGACUUUUCCUUGGGUAAUUGCAGUAGCUUUCUGCUUCACCAAUCUGGGGGAUAUCCUAGCCGGCCCCGUCGGACGGAUCAGUCCGUUUGCACAACUCUACUAUAAUGUCUCAGGGGGCAGUCAAGCAGCCACCAUCGGCUUGACCUCAUUUCUUCCAAUCCUUGGUUUCUGUGGAACAGGCACGGCGAUAAUUUCAUCCACGUCAAGGGUCAUCUGGUCCUUUGCGCGAGAUGGCGGCCUCCCCGAGUACUUUGCGAGAGUUGGCGACCGAACAAAGGCACCCACUGGUGCAAUUAUCCUCACCUGGGCUCUGAUAUCUCUCAUUAGCCUGAUCUACAUCGGCAAUGCAACGGCAUAUUAUGGUAUCUCUUCUGCCUGUACAGCAGCUUUGAUUAUCUCUUACGCCUUUCCCAUCUUGAUCAAUGCGGUGUGCGGAUUCCAGCAUUGUAAUGUACCACGAGGCCCCUUCACACUGGGCCGGUAUCACCGGCCUAUUGCAUUGGCUGCUCUGGCUUGGUCUAUAUACAUCACUAUCUUCUUGUGUUUCCCGACCAUUUAUCCAGUCACGGCUGCCAAUCUGAAUUAUGCGGCCCCGGUGUUGGGGAUUGGAUUCUUGAUGACGACUAUAGGCUGGUUUGCUUAUGGUAAAUCUGGAUAUAUUGGAAUUGAAGAGGUUAUUGAUGGACGCCACCAGUAA